AUGUCGCACAUUGAGAUUGUCUCCAGCUUCGUGGAGGCAGCUCCUCCGGGAGAGCUCGCAGAUGUCAUCGCUGAUAUCAAAUCAUUGACUGCAUCCUCGCCAAACAUCAUUUCUGAGCUCUCGUCUGCAUUCCAACGAUACAAUGAGGAGCAAUUGACGACGGUGACGCUUCCUGGGAGCAGCCAGCCAGUUCUGGUUACCGAGCACAACUCCCUUGGUGACGGACGGUAUUACGAUGUAGAGAGCUCAUCGAGCUUCGCCUUUGAUCACACCAGACAGAAAGCCAGCGCUGUGCAAAGCCAUGUGCUGGAAGGUGCUCUAGCUGAUCUAGUCAAAUCCAUCCUGAAAAGCACCGGAGCUUACGUCAAGGAACACUUUUCAAACGCGUCCUUUGGCGCAUACCCUAUCGAGUCCGACUCGAAAGUAGCCAUCGCCAUUGUGGCGAACAAAUACAGUCCCCACAACUUUUGGAACGGAAAAUGGCGGUCGCUUUAUAUUUUCGACGCAGCAUCUGGAAGCAUGGAGGGAUCCAUCAAGGUCGAUGUGCACUACUACGAAGACGGCAAUGUCCGUCUGCUUACGAACAAGCCUGUCACGGCUUCCAUCUCGCCUGGAACAGGCGCAGCGGUGGCUCGAGAGAUUUCAGCAGCAGAGAAGAAGUACCAAGAGGAACUGAACAAGAGCUUUGUCAGCUUGAGCGAGGGCUUAUUCAAGGGAUUGCGAAGACAGCUGCCCGUGACGAGGCAAAAAAUCGAGUGGGACAAGGUGAUGAGCUAUAGACUGGGACAAGACAUUGGCGGAGGCGGUUCCAAGCGAUAG